UACAUCUCGCUUUUGUCUCGCGGCUUCCUUUUCUUGUUUUCAAUACAUGAACAAAAUACAUCUGGAAGAGUGGAUAUUAUUGAAUCCAGAACGGAGGAUUUCUGUUCUUUUUCCCCCCUGGAAAAUCUCCCUGUUUGAUAUGGCGUAUCAGCAACCGCUCUGCAAAUGUCGUGUGUAUUUCGGACCUCAGCGGGUGAUGCUUCUUUUGUUGCUUUACUCCUUUAACAUCGUCGCUGGUCAGAUCCGCUACUCUAUACCAGAGGAGAUGAAGAAGGGCUCUCUGAUCGGUAACAUUGCACAGGACCUUGGUUUGGAUUUGAAAAGGCUUCGUUCUGGGCGGGCCCGUAUCGUGACCGGAGAAAGCAUCCAGUACACCGAGCUGAAGACAGACAAAGGGAUUCUAGUCGUGAAUGAGAGAAUAGACCGAGAGCAGCUUUGCGGAGACGUAACACCGUGUAGUUUUAGCUUUGAAAUCAUUUUAGAAAAUCCCAUGGAGCUACAUCACAUAACAAUUGAAGUGUUAGAUGUGAAUGAUCAUCAUCCGGUAUUCAAAAAAACAGAUAUUAUGUUGGACAUAAGCGAGUCCGCUAACGUUGGGGCAAGAUUUGUGCUGGACAGUGCUGAGGACCUUGAUGUUGGUGUUAAUGGCCUGCAAAAUUAUGUUUUAACGUCCAACGACAAUUUCGUUUUAAAGCAGCAUGUGAAUCCAGACGGGAGUAAAUAUGCUGAGAUGGUGCUUCAGAAGCAAUUAGACAGAGAGGAGGCUCCCCACAUCGCUUUAAAGCUUAUCGCUGUCGAUGGUGGGAAUCCGCCGAGAUCUGGCACAGUGAAUAUAAACAUAAAUGUUUUAGAUGCAAAUGACAAUGCGCCCGCUUUUAACCAGACCGUUUAUAAGGCUACAGUUACUGAGAAUGCAGCAAAAGGCACUAAUAUCAUAACUGUUAAUGCUACAGACCCAGAUAGUGGAUCGAAUGGUUACAUAACAUAUUCAAUUUCAAACGUGAAGAGCAAUGUAGCUGAUUUGUUGUCCAUAGAUCAAGUGUCUGGUGUUUUGUGUGUUUCGGGCCCAAUAGAUUUUGAGAAGGACAAAAAAAUUGAGCUCAGAAUCGAUGCCAAAGAUCAGGGAGGAUUGACAGAUUCAAGUAAAGUGAUAAUUGAAGUAAUUGAUGUCAAUGACAACGCUCCUACUAUUAGCGUCAUGUCAUUCACUAGUCCUGUGUCAGAGGACUCUCCUCCUGGUACAACUAUUGGGAUUAUAAAUGUAAAAGACCUUGAUUCAGGUGACAACGGACAGGUAACAUGUAAGAUAGAACAAAAUGCGCCUUUCAGAAUAAAAUCUACCUUACGGAAUUACUAUACUUUGGUGACAGAUACUGUGUUAGAUAGAGAAACAGUUUCAGAGCAUAACAUCACUGUAGUUGCGACAGAUGCAGGAAUGCCUCCUCUCUCAACAAAAAGAACAUUUAAUUUAAAGGUUUCUGAUGUGAACGAUAAUGCUCCAGUGUUUUCACAGAAUAUUUACAAUGCUUUUAUUGCAGAGAAUAACUCUCCAGGCGUUUCUCUUCUCACUGUUAGAGCUAAAGAUCCAGAUGAAAACCAAAACGCCCGCAUAUCUUAUAUUCUUGAUGAUUCUGCUCUAGACGGAUCUCCGGUGUCUCACUGUGUGUCCGUUUGUGCUGAAAGCGGAGUAAUACAUGCAGUGCGCUCAUUUGAUUAUGAACAAGUAAAACAGCUGGUAUUCGUCGUCAAAGCGCAGGAUGGAGGCUCCCCUCCACUCAGUAGUAAUGUGACUGUGAAAUUAAUGAUCCAGGACCAGAACGACAACCCUCCUCAGGUGCUGUACCCAGUCCAGACUGGUGGCUCUGUGGUGGCUGAGAUGGUGCCUCGUUCAGCAGAUGUGGGCUACCUGGUGACUAAAGUGGUGGCUGUUGAUGUGGACUCUGGACAGAAUGCCUGGCUCUCCUAUAAACUGCAGAAAGCCACAGACAGGGCGCUGUUUGAAGUGGGCUUACAGAAUGGAGAAAUCAGAACUAUCCGCCAAGUGACUGAUAAAGAUGCUGUGAAACAAAGACUGACUGUUAUAGUGGAGGACAACGGGCAGCCUUCUCGUUCAGCUACAGUCAUUGUUAAUGUGGCAGUGGCGGACAGCUUCCCUGAAGUGCUGUCUGAGUUCACUGACUUUACACACGACAAGGAGUACAACGACAACCUGACUUUUUACUUAGUGUUGGCUUUGGCUGUAGUUUCCUUCCUCUUCAUCACGUGUUUGGUGGUUAUUAUAUCAGUGAAAAUCUACAGAUGGAGACAGUCUCGCAUCCUGUAUCACUCCAAUCUGCCUGUGAUUCCAUAUUAUCCACCACGUUACUCAGACACUUUGGGGACAGGGACUCUGCAGCACGUGUACAAUUACGAGGUGUGCAGGACGACUGACUCUAGAAAGAGUGAUAUGAAAUAUAUGCAGCCAAUCAGUCAAAGUUUAGUGAGUGUGGACGGAGCUGGGACUGAUACACCACAGGUGGACAACCAGCUGUCAGGGAACUGUUCUCAGAUGUCAACUUUG